AUGGUGUUUCCGGCCCCUUCUUUUGAGCCCUACACACUCUCACCGUUAGAUCACACCCCGCCACCUAUGCAUAUGACUGCGUUCUUGACUUUCAAACUAGAGCACCCAGCCCGGGCGACAUCAGUUCUUGAAGCAGGCGUCGGGCACUUAAUCUCCAAUCUUCCAUUCCUGACGGGGAAUGUGACCACUACUUCUCCAUUGCGGUGCAAAAAAAAAGCAGUGCAGGUCCAUCCAACAACUCCAGCUCUCUUAGAGCAGUAUCCCAUGCUGAAAGUCAAAUAUCAUCCCCGACGAUACAUCUCUUCACCGCCGAACCAAGUUCCUAGCUCAGCGGUCCAAGAACACACGGUCUCCUACGAUGUCAUGUUCAACGAAGACUACUUGCCUCUACCGUUUGAUAACGCCAUAGCUGAAAAAAGCCCCAUAUUCCGUUUACAAGCCAACAUUUUGGAGGAUGGAGUCAUUCUCUGUGUUUCGUUUCACCAUAUGGCCAUGGAUGGCAAGGGGCUCGAAAAUGUGAUAGAAGUACUAUCUAUGUGCUGUCAGGACCCGGAUAAGAAUGUUCUGCCUGAGAUGAUCCCCACAAGUGCGACCAAGGAAGGGUUGACUCGAAAGCGGAUUCUCGGCACUGCAUCGGCCGUUAAUAUUGCGUUGAGUUCUAUCAACGAAGAGCCAAGAAAUUUGGAAGUGCCAGUCGGGCAUAGCAUCCAAGAACAGAUCACUCGCAAGCUUGUGUUGUGUGAUAGCAAGAUUACACAGCUCCAAGAAAGAUGCAUUACACUAGAAAAGGCACCUACCAUGUUAUCAAGAAACGAUAUCAUCUCGGCUAUUCUAUGGCUCUGUGUUAUGCGAGCACGCGCGUUGAUAUCACCUGAUACAGCCCAGGAAAUGUCCCAUUUGGUCACCGGAAUCGAUGUUCGCACAAUUCUUCGCCCAAUUAUUCCGCAAACUUAUAUAGGCAACUCUAUGCAGGUCGUCUCAAUCGAGAGCCCCUUCCCUACAGAUGCAGCUUUAAAGGCUUCGCCCGGGUUGUUAGAAAAUCCCAGUCCUAAUAGGGGAAUGCGCACUCCUCUUGAUGAGACCGAUAUACCCUUCCUUACUCAGUUAGCUUUGGCGAUCCGACGUGGCCUUAUUUUAGUCGACGAAAAAUGCGCUCGGGAGAAUAUCUCUCGAAUCGUGGAAAAGCCUGACUGGCGAUCACCCGAUAUAAUCAUGGGGCACCUUAUGCAGAGCAGCCUACGGAGAAUGAAGUUCUACAAGUUAGAUUUUGGAGCAGUUCUUGGGAAAAUUUGCGACCUUGACAAUCCUGAUCCGAGAAUUAACGGCCUGGCAUGGAUUUUGCCAGCCAGAUUUGAGGGUGCACCGUGGGAAGUUCGGAUGGUAUUAGAGCCGGAGGUAAUGGAGUUGGUGAGGAAAGAUUCAUUGUUUCGAUGGGUUGAAUAUAAGGAAGUGUCGAGGAUCUAA